GACUGGUGGGACGACGUUUGGGACGUUCCGUUGAGGAGUUCGCACAUUCACGACCAGCAUUUUGCCUCGGGACUGAUGGCGGACGAUCUGCUGGGCUCGGUGACGUCCUGUCCGAGGUCUGCUGGGUAUCAUCAUCACCAUGGUCACGGCUAUGGUCACCGUAGAAGAUCCGGAUACUACCACCGACCGUGGAGAACGGCAGCUUCGAUGGAGGACGGUGGUUCCGAAGUCAACGUUGACGGCGAGCGGUUCCAGAUUAACUUGGACGUCCAGCAGUUUAAUCCGGAUGAGAUCAGCGUUCGAACGGUGGACGACACGGUGGUCAUCGAGGGCAAACACGAGGAGAAGGAGGACGAGCAUGGUUUCGUCUCGAGGCACUUUGUACGGCGUUAUUUACUGCCGGAUGUCCAUCGUACCAAUGAUGUUCCGUGACUGGUGGGAAGACUUCGACACUCCGAUGCGCUCGUCGCGGUUGUUGGACCAGCACUUUGGUACCGGUCUGCGUGUCGACGACCUGUUCAGCUCGUUGUCCACCCGGACCCCGGCCUCGCCGCUGCUCCGUUCCGGCUACUACCGGCCGUGGCGCAACACGGCCCUGGCCCGGCAGGAUUCCGGUUCGACGCUGAACCUCGAAAAGGACAAAUACCAGAUCAUCCUGGACGUGCAGCAGUUCACGCCGGAGGAGAUCACUGUCAGGACCACCGACCGGUACGUGGUCGUCGAGGGAAAGCACGAGGAAAAACAGGACGAGCAUGGGUUUGUUUCGCGCCAUUUCACCCGCCGCUACCAGCUGCCAAGUGGUUACGAUCCGCUCGACGUCGUAUCGACCCUGUCUUCCGAUGGAGUGUUGACCGUGACGGCGCCCAAGAAGGCCCUGCGCGCACCCAAUCCGGAACGCAGCGUACCCAUCCAACAGACCGGGCAACCGGCCAAGGAGCUGCCAACGGCCAGCAGUGACCAGCCAAAGAUCGAACAGGUGGCGUAAAUCGAGCGUGGGCGAGAGAACGGUACAACGGAGUGCAAUUAAAUGGAUGAUGCUUUUUAUGUUUGGGUUUCCUGGUAUUUAUCAAAGUAUUAGUGCUUGUUUUAUUUUUGGAAGAGGUUUUUUUUGAGUUGGUAGUUAUGCAUUUCUGAAAAUAUAAUGUCAACUUUUAUUGAACACAAA